UCUAAGUUUAUGUUUUAAUUAUUUAAGUCGGAUCAUGUGAGAAAAUUUCUUUCACAAAGAAACAUGAAGAGACUGUAUUUUCUCUUUACACUUGUAUUUUUUAUUGCCUCGACCGUAGACUGUCAGAAAUAUAAACCAACAUGGGAGAGCAUUGAUUCUCGGCCAAUUCCAGCCUGGUACGACGAUGUGAAAAUCGGGAUGUUCAUAAACUGGGGGGUGUACUCGGUUCCCUCUUGUACCAGUGAGUGGUUCUGGUGGUAUUGGAAGGGCCAGCCGCACGCGGACGUGGUAGAGUACAUGAAGAAAUUUUAUCCACCCAACUGGACGUAUGCAGACUUCGCUAAAGAAUUCCGAGCUGAAUUUUAUGAUGCUAAAAAGUGGAAGGAAAUCAUUGUUGCCUCUGGUGUAAAAUAUGUUGCUCUAGCAUCCAAACAUUGUGAUGGGUUUAGCAUGUACCCUACUAAUGUGACGUACCAGUGGAACUCAAGAGAUGUUGGGCCAAAGCAGGAUCUUGUAGGUCCCUUAAAAGAUGCAUUAAAGGGAACAGGGAUAAAGUUUGGGAUCUAUCAUGCUAUGAUUGAGUGGUUUAAUCCAAUAUGGUUGGCAGACCAAAAGAAUAACUUUACAACUCAAAGAUAUGUCAAAGAAUAUAUCCAUCCUCAAUUGAAAGAGAUCAUCAACACCUAUAAACCAGAUCUUCUGUGGAAUGAUGCCUGUUGGCUGGCCCCGAGCUGGUACUGGAACUCUACCAUAUUCCUGGCCUGGUUGUUCAAUGAAAGUCCUGUCAAAGACGACAUUGUGGUAAACGAUCGCUGGGGAUACGACUGCUUCUGUAAACAUGGUGGAGUCUGGACGUGCUCCGAUCGAUUUCAUCCAGGCCAUGUGAUGCCUCAUAAAUGGGUUAAUGCCAUGACAAUUGACAGAUAUUCAUGGGGCUUCAGAAGGAAUGCUGACCUGGAUCAGUAUUACUCUAUUGAGGAACUCUUAGAGGAAGUGAUUUACACCAUAAGUUUUGGAGGGAACAUUCUAAUCAAUGUUGGACCGACAGCUUGGGGAACCUUUUCCCCGAUCUACGAGGAGAGAUUCCGGCAGCUGGGGUCAUGGUUGAAGGUCAAUGGAGAAGCUAUUUAUAAAACAACCCCCUGGAUUCAUCAAAAUGACACAGAGUCAAACCGAGUAUGGUACACAGCCUCAAAGGCCAACAAGAAGGUGAUUUACUGUUUGGUUCUGGAUUGGCCGUUGAGUAAUGAGAUCUUAUUGGGGUCACUGAAGGAUAUCCCAGUCACUGGGGUCACACUGCUGGGGUCAGAUGCCACGAUGUACUUCUUUGAGGAGGCUCAUGGACUGCGAGUUUUAUUCCCAGUCAUCAAUAUACGCAAGAUGCCUUGUCAAUGGGCCUGGGCUUUGAGAAUCUAUCUUAAAUAGGGAUUGAUAUGAAACUUGGUGGGAAGAAAUUCAGUUUAUAAUGGUCCGAGAACCUGACAUUUUCUGGGCUUUUUUUAUGAAUUUGAUAUUUUACGUGCCAGAGAAACACGUAAAAUAUCAAAAUCGUGAAAAAAUCAUGGAAAACAUCAGAUAAUUGGACUUAUGUUAUAAAUGAAAUUUUCUCCAUUUUACUGCAAAAUAUUUUGUGUGAAAAAAAAUUAAACAUACAUUGUAUACCGGUAUUUGUUGUGAAGAAAUGGUAACACUUCAAUAUUUGGGUCUGUAUAUUAUACUGAGCAAAUUUUUUAUUUUUUUUUUAUAAUGUAACCCAGGGUCUUGUUACUUGUUGUGUAUUCAAAACUCAUUUUAAUAAGAUACAUGUACUAUAAUGG